GACACACACACACACACAGCACUACAGAGAGACGCUUCAGAGACGCUUCAAUUAGAGAGACUUUCAGCAUGAGUGUGUGGAACGCUGUGUGUGUGAUCGUGGUCUUACUCCUCGGAGCCCAAGAUACUUCAGCACAAUUGGAUGUGUGCGGGCAGGCGCCCCUCAACACGCGUAUUGUGGGCGGAGAAGACGCACCGGAGGGGGCGUGGCCAUGGCAGGUCAGUCUCCAACGUGACGGAAGCCACUUCUGCGGAGGAGCCCUCAUCAACAAGGAAUGGGUUCUGACCGCCGCCCACUGCUUAAACGACAACACAGCCACGUCAGGUCUGCAGGUGAUCCUGGGGAUGCACAACCAAUCCACGUCCAGCUCCGACCAGGUGGUGAGAAGCGUUGCCGAGGUGAUCCUCCACCCGAGCUACAACCACACGAGCAGCAAUAACGACGUGGCCCUGCUGCACCUGGCCUCCUCCGUCAGCUUCUCCGCCCGCGUGCGCCCCGCCUGCCUGGCCUCCGGGGGCAGCACCAUCAGCGUCGGCACACCCACCUGGGUAGCAGGGUGGGGCAGCGUCAGGAUGGGGGAGCCGCUGCCUGCCCCAGGGACGCUGCAGGAGGUGGAGGUCCCGGUGGUGUCGCAGGCGGACUGUGCGGCGGCCUAUAAGGGCUACACCAUCACCAUCAACAACAACAUGAUCUGCGCCGGGUACCUGGGACAGGGGGGCAAGGAUGCAUGCCAGGGAGACUCUGGCGGGGCGAUGGUGAGUAAGCAGGGCUCGGUGUGGGUGGGGGUGGGCGUGGUGAGCUUCGGUAUCGGCUGUGCGGAGGCCCAGUACCCGGGUGUGUAUGCGCGCGUGUCUCAGUACCAGAGCUGGAUCAACACACACAUCACCAGCGACCAGCCGGGAUACGUCCAGAUCAGCAGCAUCACGGUGCAGACCAACGCCGCACACACACACACACCCCUGCUGCUCACACUGCCCCUCCUGCUCACACUCCCACUCCUCCACUGAUUGGCCAGCUCUCCACAGGCCCCUCCCACCCCUCCACUGAUUGGCCAGCUCUCCCCAGGCCCCUCCCACAUACUGGGCGGGGCUUCUCUACUCAGGCCACUCCUCCAAAUGAAGGCAUCAUCUUCUUCCUGGAAUGUAAAAGGAGACACAAAUGAAGACUUAUGUACAUGCAUGUAUAUGAAGGGGAACAUGGAAUUCUGGGAAAUGUAGUCUCUCAGAACAGAACCGUGGCAGUCAUGUUUACAGAAUUUUUAGUCUCUGAUUGUUCAUCUUUUAUUUAAAUAUUUAUAUCUGAACUGUUAUUGCACUGUAAUUUAUAUGCCUUUAUAUAACCUCAUACUGUAUGUCUUUUAUUUGGGCAAGUCUGUAUUUCAGUCAAAUCUUCAUGUGUGACACGAAUGGAAGCUGUAGAACGUAUACUGUAUAUAUAUAUAUCCUGUAGAACGUAUAUAUAUAUCCUUUACAGAGAGAAUGCAUGUAGCUGUGGCAGAGCAUUAAACAAAUCCACCCUGUGAGAGAGAGUGUGUGUGUGUAGUAUAUGGUGUUGAUGUGUGAAAGAGUGUGUGUAUGUGUUUGUGUGUGUAUAGUAUAUGGUGUUGAUGUGUGAAAGAGUGUGUGUAUAGUAUAUGGUGUUGUGUGUGUGUGUGUGUAUAGUAUAUGG